GCCUGAGGCAGAGCCAGCACAGCAAACCGAAACCAUAUAAAUCUCUAUCUUGCGAAUCAUAAAAACAGCAGAGAUUCGAUUAUAUUGAAAGAUUUCAACUUCUCAAUAGCUAAUCACUUCACGUCCCUUCGAUUCUACUUUUCCUCAAUUGCCAACCUUCAUUCCAACAAUUUCUAUUCCGUCCCGGAAUCAUCCAAUCACUGGAUUUUGGAAUAUAAAGAUCCGCUUUUCUCUCUCAGGCAAUAACAAGAGAGAAGGAGAAUCCUUUUCUUGCUUUCGUUCUAUCCCAAUAAGGUGUUCGUUGAUGGUCAUCUAAGCUGUUUCUCUCCAUAACUGUGAAAGAUGGUUGCCUUUGGGAAAAAGUUGAAGGAACGACAAAUUCAAGAAUGGCAAGGAUAUUAUAUUAACUAUAAACUGAUGAAGAAAAAAGUGAGACAGUAUGCGCAACAAAUUGAAGUUGGAACACUAGAUCGCAGGCAUGUUCUCAAGGAUUUCUCAAGGAUGCUAGAUAAUCAGAUUGAGAAGAUUGUCCUUUUUCUCUUGGAACAACAAGGGCUACUUGCAAGUAGGAUUGCCAAGCUCAAUGAAUAUCAGGAGGCUCUUGAGCAAGAGCCAGAUAUAUCUCAAAUAACCCAAUUACGAGAAGCUUAUAGAGCAGCGGGGCAAGAUUUGUUAAAGCUUCUCUUUUUUGUUGAGAUAAAUGCUAUUGGUCUGCGUAAGAUCCUGAAGAAGUUUGAUAAACGCUUUAGAUAUAGAUUCACCGACUACUAUGUGAAAACCCGUGCUAAUCAUCCUUAUUCCCUGCUGCAGCAAGUGUUUAAGCAUGUGGGUUUAGGAGCUGUUAUUGGAGCCAUAUCUCGCAAUCUUCAUGAACUUCAGGAACAUCAGGGAAGCUACUUAUCCAUCUAUGAUCAGCCUGCUCUUCCCUUCCAGGAUCCUGUUGUUGAUUCACUGAAAGCAGCCGUUGACAGGCUCAGUCACUCAACAAACUUCCUCAACUUUUUGGCGCAACAUGCACUCAUUAUGCAAGAAGAGCUGCCUACUCCCACUGAGGAAUGUGCUGAUGAUCAAAGAUACCAUUUUAUGUCACUUUUCUUGAACUUAGUGAACACAUUUCUUUAUAUGGUCAACACAUAUAUAAUUGUCCCCACAGCUGAUGAUUACUCAACAAUGCUUGGAGCUCCAGCAACAGUUUGUGGUGUUGUGAUUGGGGCAAUGGCUGUUGCCCAGGUGUUUUCUUCUGUGUAUUUUAGUGCCUGGUCAAAUAAAUCAUACUUCAGACCUCUAGUAUUUAGCAGUGUUGUUCUUCUUGUGGGAAAUGCCAUGUAUGCAAUGGCACUUGAUUAUCGGUCAAUAACACUUCUUUUAGUUGGCCGUCUAUUCUGUGGAUUUGGUUCUGCUAGAGCUGUUAAUCGGCGUUACAUCAGUGAUUGUGUGCCAGUUAGAAUUCGCAUGCAGGCAUCCGCAGGUUUUGUUAGUGCCAGUGCUCUUGGGAUGGCUUGUGGUCCCGCUCUUGCUGGCUUGCUUCAAACUAAUUUUAAAAUUUACAAGUUUACGUUCAACCAAGUCACUUUGCCUGGCUGGGUUAUGGCUGUGGGUUGGCUUUUAUAUCUCAUACUGUUAUGGAUCACAUUUAGAGAACCAUCUCACGAGACUGAAGAGAAAAAUGUAUCACAGGACAAGGCUGGACCAGGGGAAAAUGAUGUGCUUGAGAAGGGUCUUAAACAACCAUUACUGUUGAGUUCAGAAGGCAAGCAUGAGGAUGAAAAUGGUGAUGGAGAAUGUGAUGAUAGUGAAGAAGCUCCUGAGGAAUCUCGACGACCUGCCACUUCAAUUGCUUCAGCAUACAGGCUACUUACACCUUCUGUAAAGGUUCAGUUGUUGAUAUAUUUCAUGCUAAAAUAUGCCAUGGAAAUUUUACUCUCUGAAUCUAGUGUCAUUACCUCGUACUACUUUGGUUGGUCAACAAGCACAGUGGCAAUUUUUCUUGCAUGUCUAGGCCUAACAGUUCUGCCAGUAAAUAUUAUUGUUGGAAGCUACAUUAGCAACAUGUUUGAAGACAGGCAAAUUUUAUUGGCAUCAGAAAUUAUGGUUUGCAUAGGAGUACUCUUGAGCUUCAAAUUCGUAAAUGCAUACACUGUUCCACAGUAUGUCUGCUCAGGAUUAAUCAUGUUUGUUUCUGCUGAAGUACUUGAAGGCGUGAAUUUGUCUCUGCUAUCUCGAGUGAUGUCAUCCAGGCUUUCCCGUGGAACCUACAAUGGUGGACUACUCUCAACUGAAGCUGGGACGAUAGCUCGUGUGAUUGCUGAUGCCACAAUAACCCUGGCUGGGUACUUAGGCCAGAAUAGGCUCCUGAACGCCACCCUUAUUCCUUCGCUCUUCAUUUCUGUGGCCUCCAUUAUUGCCACCUGUUUUACCUACAACUCGCUCUAUUGAUUUGUAAGUUGUACAAAUUAGUCAUUUGAUUAGUGAAGUCCAGCUUCUCGAAUUUGUUCUUUUUAAAAAAAAAAAAUCUUUUUUUUUUUUUUCAUUUUUUUGUUAAUAUUUUCUUGUAUCAGUGUUUAAUAUUGUAAGAUACUAGUUCAUUGAUUCUCCUAUUCGAUUGGAAUUGAAUAAAGUUUCUGAAAAUUUUCAA